AUGCAUUYCACGUAGCACAAGACACUGGUCAUGAACUCUCCUGAACUUUCUUAAUUCUUUGUAGGCUGGAUCCUGCAAUUAAAUCAAUAACAAACACAAAAUGAAGCUACUUAGACGCAGGAGACUAAUUCUAGUUUGCCUAAUUUUAGUCUGGGUAGUCGGAAUGACUUAUUUCUUAACGCAUCUUUCUGGUAAAGAUGAAGACUCAAACCAAUACGAAGACGAUUUGAGCUUAAGCUUACUACGAAAAAAUCAAGAUGCCGAUGAUAUUCGACUAAAACAAGACACGAAACGAAGCCAAGACCAAGAGAAAGAUAAACGAAGUAUAUUGAACAAAGCUGAUGUAGUUGAUGUUGAGUAUAUAUAUGAUGCACGUAAAAUCAGCGACCUUGAUCCUGUGGCUUAUAUGUCAAAAAAUGGAUUCAAGGAAGGAGAAGAUGCUUAUGCAAGAAAUGCUUAUAAUUUAAAAGUCAGUGAUAAAGUAGCUUUUGACAGACAAGUACCAGAAGUUAGAGACCCAGAAUGCCAGAAGACAGUUUGGCCAGAUGAUUUGCCAACAACCUCUGUUAUUAUUUGUUUCCAUAAUGAAGGUAGAAGUGCACUUCUUCGCACAGUUGUCAGCACCAUCAAUAAAAGCCCACCAAAGCUUCUCAAAGAAAUCAUUUUGGUGGAUGAUUUUAGUGAUGACCCUGAGGAUGGCAAAGAGCUUCUUAGACUACCAAAGGUUAAACUCAUCAGAAAUCAAAAACGAGAAGGUUUGAUUCGGUCAAGAGUCAAAGGUGCAGACAUAGCCAAAGGGGAGGUUCUGACAUUCUUGGACAGUCAUUGUGAAUGCAGUAAAAAUUGGCUUGAACCUUUACUACUCAGGAUUAAAGAGAAUCCCAAAACUGUGGUAUCACCAAUAAUAGACGUCAUCAACAUGGACACAUUUGAAUACCUGGGAUCUUCAUCUGAUUUAAGAGGAGGAUUUGGAUGGAAUUUAAAUUUCAAAUGGGACUUCCUACCAGCCAGAAUAAUUUCAGAGAGGCAGGGAAAGCCUACUAUGCCCAUCAAAACCCCAGUUAUAGCAGGAGGACUUUUCUCAAUAGGUAAAGAGUGGUUUGCAACUCUGGGCAAGUAUGACAUGAUGAUGGAUGUCUGGGGAGGUGAAAACCUUGAAAUAUCCUUUAGAACCUGGCAGUGUGGUGGUACCAUGGAAAUCAUUCCUUGUUCUAGAGUUGGUCAUGUUUUCCGUAAUAGACACCCUUAUAAAUUUCCUGGCGGAAGUAUGAAUAUUUUUCAAAAAAAUACUAGAAGAGCUGUAGAAGUGUGGAUGGAUGAGUAUAAAAAAUAUUAUUACGCAGCUGUUCCAUAUGCCAAGAAUACACCCUAUGGAAACAUUGAACAGCGUCUAGAGCUCAGAAAAAAGCUGAAAUGCAAACCCUUCAAGUGGUUUGUACAGAAUGUUUACCCAGAACUCAAGGUUCCUCAUGAUGAUGAUACAAAAGCUUUUGGUGAGAUCAAGCAGGGUAGUCAGUGUAUCGAUACGCUGGGCCAUUUAACUGGACAAAAUGUUGGUCUGUAUGAGUGCCAUGGUGGUGGUGGAAACCAGAUGUGGUCCCUGACCAAGAGUUCUCUAUUAAAGCAUGARUCAGCAUGUUUAACAGCUUCUAGUACUAAUUCUCAGGAAGCACCUUUAUUACAAGAAUGUAAUGAUAAUGAAAUGCUUCAGCACUGGGAAUAUGAAAAAGAUAUCAAUAGGUUACGGCACAAGAAGUCUGGAUUAUGUCUUGACAGCGACAAAGUAAAAGAAAAUGGACUUAUACUGAAUACUUGCUCAGAUAAUUAUUCUCAACAUUGGGCAUUUGAAGUCAGUUUAUAGGAUAUAACAUUUUGGUAAAUUGUUCAAAUUUAGCUAACUUUAUUACCUAUGCCAAGAUGACAUCACCUACUUGGAAAUUUUUUGAGUGAAAGAAUUAUCAUGGCCGUCUUGCAUCACAUAAAAUGGACUGUACAAAACUACUGAUUGUCACUGUGAUGGCAUGGAAAAAGGACUUCCAGUUGAUAGUAACUGACCAAGUAUUCAUAAAUAUUAGACUCGCCCAAGUCGAACUUUUUUGUCUGCCGAGGAGAUUUUAUUCAAGCAAAGCACGGGAGUCAAGAUACACAAAGGGCUGCAGACUUUGCAAAAGUCAAGUAAAUAAAUAUGACAGCAAUGAUCAUGGAGGUACAUUAAUGAGCAGUAAGCACUUGCCAGCACGGCUAAACAUUGAAAGUUUAUUCAAGCAAAACAUAUCAAAAACGUAUGCCAAAAGAAUCAAGGUCAAAAACGUUAGAAAAUGUUGUUAAAUACAAAGAUCUUUUUAAAUUUA